CAAAAGGCAGGGAAGUUGUUGUAACGGCGGGCGAGGUUACAAGAGGCAGGAAUCUGGCGCUCGGGCUGCGUGCAAUGGCUUAUUGUUUCUCAGCUGAGGGCAAGGGGCAAUGCGCAGGGUGGAGAUUUGCAUUUCUCCCGCUGUGUCGAGAAAGCCCCACUGGCCCAGGGUCCUUAUAGAAAGAAGACGGCAUAAAAGCAACAGGGAGGUGGAGCUGGAGCGAGUGCUGCAUCUGCUACCCGGAGAAAGGGGAGGGGGGGACCCAGAAAUUAGAGCAUGAAAUUCCUAGGAGGGCUUGUCCAAAAGAUCCCCUCGUGCAAAUGCAGAGAAGGGAAGGGAAAGCAGAGUAGGAGAAGAUGCAACUGGUGUAACUGAGUCAUCUUCUGCCGUAGCAAGAGCCACAUUUCCCUUCCGAGACACUUUACGGAGCAGAUGACGGAACCUGCUUUUCCAGCUUGUUGACUGGAAGGCUUUUCUUGUUAGUUUUUAAACGCACGCAUUUCCCAGGCGAUGAGGCAAGACUACCGAAUUUGCUUGGGAAAUAUGAAAGCUUCGGAAGGCGUUUUAAGUCUCUUUCCAUGAAACAGUACCCAAAAGACUUGAGCCUUUUUUUGUUUUUGUUUUUAACCCGACAAGCUCCAAAAUACUAGCCGCACAAAAGCGGGUGGGAGAAAGAAAGAAUUCAAAAGAAGAACAUUUGGAACCGGUCCAAGGAGGGAGCGAGCGAGCAGCCAGCCAGCCAGCCCGUAGGCGUGACGUUGCAGAGUUUAAAGGGGGCAGAUGAGAUCUAUCGGAGGUUGAUCCGACGGAGAGGCUGCCGGAGGUGCCUGGGAUUCGGAGCCUCUCCGGGAAGAGACUGCUAAAGAGCAAAGGCAAAGAAAUAAUGCUGCUGGCUUCGGCUGUGGUGGUUUGGGAAUGGCUGAACGAGCACGGUCGCUGGAGACCCUACAGUCCGGCCGUGAGCCACCACAUCGAGGCGGUGAUCAGAGCCGGGCCGAGAGUUGGGGGCAGCGUCGUUCUGGGCCAGGUGGACAAUAGGCUCUCGCCGUAUAUCAUCGAUCUCCAGUCCAUGCACCAGUUCCGCCAAGACACGGGCACCAUUCGCCCAGUGCGACGCAGCUAUUAUGACCCCUCCUCAGCCCCAGGCAAGGGUGUGGUGUGGGAGUGGGAGAACGACAAUGGCACCUGGACCCCCUACGACAUGGAGGUGGGCAUUACCAUCCAACAUGCCUAUGAGAAGCAGCACCCCUGGAUUGAUCUCACUUCCAUUGGCUUCUGCUACAUCAUUGACUUCAGCACAAUGGGGCAGAUCAAUCGCCAGACCCAACGCAAGCGCCAUGUCCGCCGCCGCCUUGACAUGGUCUACCCACUGGUCACAGGCACCUUGCCCAAAUCUCAGUCGUGGCCAGCAAGCCCUGGUGCAGCCAAUGUGCCUCCUGCCCCUGCUUGCACUUGUCCACAAUGCCUUCUUGUCAUGAGCAUAAAGACAACAGUGGCAGCUGGGAGCCAUGGAGGAACUGGAGCUACAGUUAGCCAGCAGCCUCAACCUCCACCACCACGUAAAGCUGUCUCUCUUUCUGGCAGUGCCAAAACCCCCACGCCAGCAUCAGUUCACAGGCCACAAGAUGGAACAGCCACCAUGCGUAGCUCUUUGAAGACCCUCGCAUCUCAAGUGAACCGAAGGCAAGCAGUUAGCACCCCUGCCCUCACCACAAGCAAUUCCCCUGCCAGUCCUCCUAAUGCCAACGGCAAAGUGACACGCGCCAGCCUUAAUACAUUGAACAGAACCAAUCUGCAGCGCUUGGCCAUCGCACAGUCCCGUGUGCUCAUUGCCUCAGGAGUCCCUACAGUUCCUGUAAAAAACCUCAAUGGCUCAAGCCCAGUCAACCCUGCCCUAGCAGGAAUCACAGGGAUACUUAUGAGUGCUGCAGGGCUCCCUGUCUGUCUGACUCGGCCUCCAAAGCUGGUUCUGCACCCUCCUCCUGUCAGCAAGAGUGACAUUAAAUCCAUCCCUGGCAUCGCCAAUACCUGCCGUAAGACUACCAAAAAGCAGACCAAGAAAGGUAAAACUACAGAGGAAGUUUUGAAAAAAUACCUGCAGAAGGUACGCCAUCCUCCAGAUGAGGACUGUACUAUUUGCAUGGAACGCCUCUCUGCUCCCUCAGGCUACAAAGGACCUCAACCAGUCGUCAAGCCAGAAUUGGUGGGCAAACUGUCCAAAUGCGGUCACAUGUAUCACCUCCAUUGCCUUGUGGCCAUGUAUAACAAUGGAAAUAAGGAUGGGAGCUUGCAGUGUCCAACCUGCAAAACCAUCUAUGGGGUGAAGACUGGCACCCAGCCUCCUGGAAAAAUGGAAUAUCACCUCAUCCCGCAUUCACUGCCGGGACACCUUGACUGUAAAACUAUCCGAAUAAUCUACAACAUUCCACCAGGAAUACAGGGACCAGAGCAUCCGAGUCCUGGGAAGAGUUUCACUGCCCGGGGUUUUCCUCGACACUGCUACCUCCCAGACAGUGAAAGAGGCAGAAAGGUGCUGAAACUGCUGUUGGUGGCCUGGGAUCGAAGGCUGAUCUUUGCCAUAGGCACUUCAAGCACCACUGGGGAAUCGGAUACAGUCAUCUGGAAUGAGAUUCACCACAAGACGGAAUUUGGAUCCAAUCUCACGGGCCACGGCUACCCUGAUCCCAACUACCUAGACAAUGUACUUGCUGAGCUGGCAGCUCAGGGCAUUACAGAGGAGAGUAUGAUGCAGGAGAAGGACUGAAAGUGUAAGAGGAAAGGGGAAGACUCUGUCCAAGGGAGGGGCGACAAGUAUAGCAGCUUGUGCAUGGGUCAAGCUCCUCCCUCUUCCAUUGUGCCUGCUCCGCCCUCUCAUCUUCCUACUGCAGGCCUCUUAAAAGGCUCAGCUGUGGCUAUGCAGCAGUGGGCUUGCUUAAAUGAGGAACUCCCAGCCCAUUCUCAUAGGUGGCCCACGGCACCUGACGUAUACAAAGCAAACAAACAUGGGAAGGUUUUUGUGUUCCUCUUCAGCAUGAGGAGGAGUGUCCUGUUGAGGUCUGAGGUUAUAUUAACCUUAGUAUACCCAUAGUUAUUUUAGCUUUGUAUCUCAAAAACCGGGUUUUGGCCCCCUCUGGGAUGCAGUAGCGUCUUCUGUCCAUGAACAAUAAGGGAUGGCUGUGGGGAGCAGACAGCUUGGAAUGGCAGAAUCGUGUGCAAGUCAAAAAAUAUGGCUUUGUUUCAGAGGUACAGAAGAUUGAAACCAGCCCUCUCUUCUUCUUCUUCUUCUUCUUCUUCUUCUUCUUCUUCUUCUUCUUCUUCUUCUUCUUCUUCUUCUUCUUCUUCUUCUUCUUCUUCUUCUUCUUCUUCUUCUUCUUCUUC